CUGACACCGGAAUUCACGCAGCGGCUGAAUAACAAAAUCAGGGAGCUGCUACAGCAGAUGGAGAAGGGCCUCAAGUCCGCCGACCCGCAUGACUGCACCGCGUACACUGGCUGGACAGGUAGUGCCACUCCAUUUAGUGAGCACUAGUUUUGCUCCAGUGCCUGCCAGAAGGAGCAGAAAUACUAAUCUCUGCAGCAGGGGCAAGAAGCAAAAAACUUGGACAUCUGAGAAACUACAGAGAAAAAGGUCCAGUAAUAAACAACCAACAGGAAAAAGCCCAGACAUCUUUGGCAGUAGCAGGCCACAGCUGGCCACUGUAUGGCAGUUCUGCUUGGAAACAGUCAGAGGUCACAAAAUUAGGUCACAUUUCCAAUUGGGACACUGAACAUCAGACCUCCAGGGCACACAGAAAUGGAGCUGAUCCACAGCCUACCUAGCUCCAUAUGUCUGGUGAUGCCAUGUUUGUAUACCACUUAAAGCAUGCCAAACACCCAGUCAGUCACAAACCUACCCAGUCGGCUGGGGUGAGGAAUAUUGGAGAGGGAGUGAGGCAGAGCUGUGGAAGAGCUUCUGCAGAGCAGCACUGCCUUAACUGAACCAAGGUCACAAUGUGGAUACUCUUGUCUCUGACCUGCACUGCCUCUGAAAUACUCUCCUUGCACCUUGGCACACAGGUUGAUACCAUCUAUCCCCACCAAGGUGACUGUAUUUUGUAUUCCUCUGCAUACACCUGUCAACAUUGCCUCUUCAUGCUUGUGCCUGCUCUCCUCUGCUGCCUUCUCCCCACAGAGGCCCACACAUGGCAACAGAGGGACCAGCAAGCUGAAGGCAGCACUGCUUGCACCCUUCUGAUCAGUUUGGGAAUAAGGAGUUCCUUGAGGAAUUGUGUUGAUUUGGCAUGGCCUGAUUUUUGGUAGCAGGGAGAGGCCACAGGGGUACCUUCUGUGAGGAGCUGCUGGAAGCUUCUACCAUGUCCAGCAGAGCCAGCCCCUGAUGGCUCUGAAGAUGGACACACUGCUGGCCCACUUACAGAGGCUGGUAACUCCUCUGUGAUGACACACUUAAGAAGAAAAUCAAAACCGUGCACACAGUUUUUCCCCAGGGGUGGGGAGGCACCGUGGCUGCUGCCAUGCUGGCACAGCCUGUGGCAAUACAGCGCUGUGGCUGAAAGGGCAGGGCUGGGGUGCCGGCUUCUCCUUCCCUGCACCCCACGUGUACGGAGAUGUGAGCUGAACAGAGAGACUAUGGAUCACACCUUAUGUACCUGUGGAACCUGCAAACCUUGCUUUUAUUUUUUAACACCUCUCCACAUGAAGAAAGGCGUUAAACAGCCCCAGCGCCGCCACAGCCGCCACUGCCCAUGUGACAGCGGCAGGGCUGCCUGGCUGGCAGUGGAAACAGGAUGAGCAAUUAAUUCCCUGGCAUGGAACCUAGAUGAGAUCAGCUUCUCAGUGCUAUAGGAUCCUGCAGGAAUCUUUGAAUUGGUGGAACUUGUUGACAGUGGUACCUACAAGCAGCAGUUUUUCUUCUAGUUAGAAAGGAGGAGGAAGUGAAGACAUGUGGGCGAAAACAUGGCGGCACCAAGGACGGCGGAAAGAAAGGAGGAGGUGCUCCAAGCACCAGAGCAGAGAUUCCUCUGCAGGCUCUGGCAUUGCUUUGCUGUAUUUGCACCUGUUUGAUGUGUAUGGAGACCCAGCCUACCUUCAGGUGGCCCAUGAGUACGUGAAGAAGAGCCUGAGGUGCUUGACCAGGCGAUCCAUCACUUUCCUGUGUGGUGAUGCCGGGCCCCUGGCAGUGGCUGCUGUCGUCUACCACAAGCUGCAGAACCAGAAGCAGGCAGAAGACUGCAUCAUCCGUUUGCUGCACCUACACAAGGCUGACCCACGAGUGCCAGAUGAGCUCCUCUACGGGCGCAUGGGCUAUCUCUCUGCACUGAUAUUUGUGAAUAAGCACUUCGGAGAGGAAAAGAUCCCUCAGAGUCACAUUCAGCAGGUCUGUGAAGCAGUUGUAGCCUCAGGAGAGAGCUUAGCCAGAAAGAGGAACUUCACAGCAAAGAGCCCACUGAUGUUUGAGUGGUACCAGGAGUACUACGUAGGAGCAGCCCAUGGUUUGGCUGGCAUCUACUACUAUCUCAUGCAGCCUGGCUUUGGAGUGAGCCAAGUAAAGCUGCACAACGCAGUCAAGCCCAGCGUGGACUAUGUCUGCCAGCUCAAGUUCCCAUCUGGGAAUUACCCUCCCUGCAUCGGUGACACCAGAGACCUCCUCGUCCACUGGUGCCAUGGAGCACCAGGUGUAAUCUACAUGCUUCUCCAGGCAUACAAGGUCUUUGGGGAGCAGCAGUACCUGAAUGAUGCCCUGCAGUGUGCAGAAGUGAUCUGGCAGUAUGGGUUACUGAAGAAAGGCUAUGGGCUGUGCCAUGGCACAGCUGGCAAUGCUUAUGCCUUCCUGGCACUGUACAACCUCACUCAGAACAUGAAAUACCUCUACAGGGCCUGCAAGUUUGCAGAGUGGUGUUUAAGCUAUGGGCAGCAUGGGUGCCGGACUCCAGACACACCAUUCUCUCUCUUUGAAGGAAUGGCUGGAACAAUUUACUUUCUUGCUGACCUGCUGGUGCCUACCAAGGCCAAGUUCCCUGCAUUUGAACUCUAAAUCUGAAUCCUGCGUGGCAGUUUGCUGCCCUGUAUCCUUCUGCACUUGGAAAUGCAGUUCAAGGCUGCUUUCUCCUUUUUCCAGACUCACCGUUGUUCGCCUAACUGAACGUAAAUCCAAUCCUCCUGAGGGCAUGCUGAGUUCUCUAACAUUUCUAGUUGUCUCAUUAUAUUGUUUAGUUUAAAAGACAUACUGCAGGCUUUGCUGGUGUCCCUUAAAAACUCAGGGCUGCAGGUGGGAGCAGGGAGAACUGUACAGUAUUUGGUUGGCUACAGAGUUUUGCUAUUUCCUGUAUCCCAUUUCCUGGGAAGAAAUUUUCUAUUGAAUGUAACCUGGGCUAUUUAACUUCUUUUUGUGCUAACAAACAGUUGCAGGAAUUUAGCUGCCUUUGGAGGACAACAGAUGGAAAACUGAGACUAUUGCCCUGGAAGUUGUUUUCAAGUGUUUUCUUUUUGAGCACCCAGAGAGCAGAUGGUUCAGUAUCUUGGCUGUGCCACGUGAAGUGAAUGUGAUGGACUGUGGAGUCUUAUGUAUAUUUUAAAUAUCAUAUUGCGACUGGCAGAGCUGGAACUGACAUGCCAAAGGCUUGUCCUGAGUUUGCACCUAUCUGCUCUAAAGGCAAAGGCUCUUCUGUGCAUUUGUUCCAGUGACAGACAAGUAAUCCACUGCCAUAUUACAUUAAACCUUGUUAUUCCAUUGGUCUUUCAAUGGCAAACUCCAGUCCAAAAGUGAGCUAAGCAUGCUUGCUUUUGUGGUCUCUUCUUGUUAGCUUUGAGAGUUUAUUUUGCAGUCUUUAUUUAAAUUUGUGUAUUAGGUGGUGCCAGGUGCCCACCAGCAGCAACAAAGGGAAAAGAAAUGUAUGCCACUGAGUUCUGACAGUGUUUAACCUAUUAGCUGUAUAGAUGUUAUUUACAUGUUUUCUUUUAUAAGCUUUCCCAAACCUGGAUAAUUUGAGUCACUUGAUUGCCUUGCUACUGCUUGUUGUAGUUUGAUUUGCAGCCACUCAUCUACCCAACUGGAAAAUCUGCACUAGGUUAACUGGCUUUGAUGUGUCAGGCAGAUGGGGUACCUGCAGGGAAAUCUGCUUUUCCAUCCUUAGCUGAUGCUGCACCAGUUCACAGAAAUUUGGGACCUGGCUCUGUAAACCACUUUCUUAGCACUGAGCAUGAGCUAAACACUGAGCUCAGGGAAGUUUACAGAUGUAGCCACACAGCUGUGUGCUGUUUGAGAGCAGCUCCUCAGGCUGCACCAAUGUGGCCGUGGGUUUUGAUAUUUCAAGGCCUGAGCUGCUGAGUGCCUCAAGUCCCAGAAGAGCAGGGGAGAAAUAGCAGGGCAGCAGAGCCACUCUCCUGGACCAGCAAUGGCAAAGCAGGACCACCAGAGCUGGCAGGGUUAUGCUCACACGUGCCUGAAUGCAGGGCAGCUGAGCCCAGAGGCACAGGGAGCUCCAUGAGAACCUCCUCCAGGCAAGGAGCAGAAACCAGCUCUGGAAGGCCGAUUUGUUUCCUCAAAGCCCACACUCACGCUGCCCUCAAAGGUUUCUGAAAGUCCAUCAAAAGACAGCCUGAAUUGCAGAAAAGCUCAUCUUGAGGGUGGGCAUCCCUGUCAGAAGGCUCAGGCUCCUGUGAACAGAGCAGGCAUCCCCUGUCAUUCACAGGACCCAAGCAGCACAGGGAGGUGACUGGGAAGCAGAGGGCAGUUGCCUAAUCAAACAGCAUUUGAAGUUACCUCCCGGCUUGGCUGGUGUGAUGGCAGUGCAGGGACACUGCUCUGAGCCUGGGUUUCUCCUGGGCAUCACUUCUCUAAAAGGAGAUGGUUUAUGCAGCCUGGGUCGUGGUGGCAUGAGAGCAUGAUGUCCCAAGGUUUGUGCACUGAUCAGGGGAGCAUCAGGGUCUUGUGUACAACUGUUGAGUGGAGCACUGUCUAAUAAAAAUGCUGAAACAA